ACUUCCGGAGUUAUUCUUCCGUCGUCUUGUUUCCCAGGCUUCUCCACCAACGAACGCAGAACAGCAGUCUCGGUCUUUCUGCCACAGGGGUCUCAGCGCGACUCAAAGGGUGCAAAAAAUACAUACAGGCCAACUACCGUGGAAGUUAUUGAAGACAUGUCUCAUACAAUUCUGCUGGUCCAGCCGACUAAGCGGCCAGAGGGGAGGACCUACGCUGAUUAUGAAUCUGUCAACGAGUGCAUGGAAGGUGUAUGUAAAAUGUAUGAGGAACACCUGAAGAGGAUGAACCCGAACAGCCCGUCAAUCACGUAUGACAUCAGCCAGCUGUUUGAUUUCAUUGACGACUUGGCAGACCUCAGCUGCCUGGUGUAUCGAGCAGACACACAGACAUACCAGCCCUACAAUAAGGACUGGAUCAAGGAGAAGAUCUACGUGCUGCUGCGUCGCCAGGCUCAGCAGGCAGGGAAAUGAAGAGCCGGUCUCGGGGAGGGGGGGGGGGGGUUUGCUGCGGUGGCUGAGCAGGGGGGAGGGAUCGAGGGAGGGGGGUUGCUUUAAGGAGACACUUUGUAUAAAAUGAGUGGUUUGAUUAAACGGAUAUCUUUUUUCUUUUUUAUUUUUAAGAGGGCUGGGGGUGAGAGAUUUCAUGGUUACUUUUAUAUUUAAUGUGUUCUUUUGCCCCUGAGUGAGACCAUGUUUGUUUUCUGUUUACAAUAGAUAAAGGACUUUAAAAAAAUA